CUAAACCGGUCAGUUAAACGACACACGACGAUUGUACUGGCUGCACUGAAUUUCUGACGUCGCAGUCCAUAACCUCUAAAUUGUACUACAAUAAUGUCAAUUUUUAUAUUAUUUAACAAAAUUAAUAAGUGAUUCAAUAGAAUGGCAUCGAACGAAGAUGUCAACAAAACGAAUACGAAAAGAAGCCGUGCAUAUCUUGGAAAUACACAAACAAAUAAUCCGUUGAGCAAUCCAUGUAUCAAGGAACAAGGUUUAUCGUUAAAGUGUGCAUCGGAAAAUUAUGACGAUAAGGAUGUCUGCAAAGCCUACUUUGUUAAUUACAGAACUUGCAAAGAAUUUUGGGACAAAGUAAAAAGAGAACGCAGAGCCGCCGGUAUAAAACCUUACCUUCCACUGCCUGAGGAGAGAGAAGAAAUAAAAGCCAAAGCGCUGGGUCGUAAAUAAUAUCUAUAUGUAUGUCACUGGUAGUUAUGCAUAUACAUAAUUCCAUCAUAUAGGUUGUUGAAUUAUAUCAUGUACGUCUAAGUCACUCAAGAAAAACGUUAUGUUUCAUAAACUGUGGACUUUUAUUCUCUUAUUUUCUCAUAUUCAUAUUUGAAUCAAUUGGGAUUGCCAGCUGUUGAACUUUGCCAAUAAAAAUAGAAUAAACAGUAA